AGGACAGAGACCACCACUAGGCACAAACAUCACCUGUUUGCAUGAUUAUGGAGAUGGUCUACAUGAUGUUGAAAAUGCCCCUAGUUUUUUGACAACGGCUAAAUAACCAUGGGGUCAAGUGGACUUGGGAAAGCGGCAACAUUAGAUGAACUGCUGAGCACUUGCAUUGAGAUGUUUGAUGACAAUGGAGAGCUGAAUAAUAGUUAUUUGCCAAGAAUAGUUCUACUUAUGCACCGAUGGUAUUUAUCUUCCACUGAGUUGGCAGAAAAACUUCUCUGCAUGUAUCGAAAUGCCAGUGGAGAAAGCUGUGAUGAAUUUCGAUUAAAGAUCUGUUACUUCAUGAGGUACUGGAUUCUGAAGUUUCCCGCAGAGUUUAAUUUGGACCUCGGUUUGAUCCGUAUGACUGAGGAAUUCCGGGAAGUAGCUAGUCAACUAGGAUAUGAGAAACACGUCAGCCUCAUCGACAUAUCCAGCAUUCCUUCCUAUGACUGGAUGAGAAGAGUCACACAGAGGAAAAAAGUAUCCAAGAAGGGAAAAGCCUGUCUGCUCUUUGACCAUCUGGAGCCCAUUGAAUUGGCUGAGCACCUCACUUUUCUGGAGCAUAAAUCUUUUAGAAGGAUCUCAUUCACUGAUUACCAAAGCUAUGUCAUCCAUGGCUGCCUGGAGAAUAACCCAACCUUGGAGAGAUCUAUUGCCUUAUUUAAUGGAAUCUCUAAGUGGGUCCAGUUGAUGGUUCUAAGCAAACCAACCCCUCAGCAAAGGGCAGAAGUCAUCACAAAGUUUAUCAAUGUUGCCAAGAAGCUCCUUCAGCUCAAAAAUUUUAACACCCUGAUGGCAGUGGUAGGAGGCCUUAGUCAUAGUUCCAUUUCCCGGCUCAAAGAGACCCAUUCUCAUCUUUCUUCAGAAGUUACAAAGAACUGGAAUGAAAUGACGGAGCUGGUCUCCUCCAACGGCAAUUACUGUAAUUACCGCAAGGCCUUUGCCGACUGUGAUGGCUUCAAAAUCCCAAUCCUUGGCGUCCACUUGAAAGACUUGAUAGCAGUCCAUGUCAUUUUCCCAGACUGGAUGGAGGAGAACAAAGUGAACAUUGUGAAAAUGCACCAGCUCUCCGUUACCUUGAGUGAACUGGUCUCCCUACAGAAUGCCUCUCACCACUUGGAACCCAACCUGGAUUUGAUCAACUUGCUCACGCUUUCUCUGGACCUCUAUCACACAGAAGAUGAUAUUUACAAACUAUCACUGGUGCUGGAGCCUAGAAAUUCUAAAUCGCAGCCUACCUCCCCUACAACGCCCACCAAGCCCGUGGUGCCCCUGGAGUGGGCCUCAGGCGUGAUGCCAAAGCCAGAUCCUACAGUCAUCAACAAGCACAUAAGGAAAUUAGUUGAGUCUGUGUUUAGAAAUUAUGACCAUGACCAGGACGGGUACAUCUCCCAAGAGGACUUUGAAAGUAUAGCUGCCAAUUUUCCCUUCUUGGAUUCCUUUUGUGUGCUGGACAAAGAUCAGGAUGGUCUAAUUAGUAAGGAUGAAAUGAUGGCUUACUUCCUGAGAGCUAAGUCCCAACUACACUGUAAAAUGGGACCGGGAUUUGUCCAUAAUUUUCAGGAGAUGACCUAUCUCAAGCCAACCUUCUGUGAACACUGUGCAGGAUUUCUCUGGGGCAUAAUCAAGCAAGGAUACAAAUGCAAAGACUGUGGAGCCAACUGUCAUAAACAGUGCAAAGACCUCCUGGUUCUGGCCUGCCGGAGAUUUGCCCGGGCGCCCUCCUUAGGCAGCGGUCAUGGGUCACUGCCUGGAAGUCCUUCGUUGCCUCCAGUGCAGGAUGAGGUUUUCGAGUUCCCUGGCGUCGCAGCUGGACACCGAGACCUGGACAGCAGAGCCAUCACACUGGUCACAGGCUCCUCUCGCAAGAUCUCCGUGCGGCUGCAGCGGGCCACCACCAGCCAGGCCACCCAGACCGAGCCUGUGUGGUCAGAGGCUGGCUGGGGGGACUCAGGGUCCCACACCUUCCCCAAAAUGAAGUCCAAGUUCCAUGACAAAGCAGCAAAGGACAAAGGCUUUGCCAAGUGGGAAAAUGAGAAGCCCAGGGUGCAGGCUGGUGUGAAUGUUGUUGACCGAGGCACUGCGUUCGAACCAGACCAGGAUGAAGCUGACAUGGUUGAGACCAGACAGGACGGUGAGGAAGGCUGACUUCAGGCUGAGGACACUGAAGGCAACUGUGUUGGCAUUUGGAAGGAGCAAGAUGAGACGCUCUGAAGAACACUCCAAAACUCAGGAAGUUAUCUGAAAAGAUAUCUGGACAUUUACUGCCUUGUGACACUGUGGGAUCUCCCUGAUUGAACUAUGGGACAGAGGACUUACCCUAUGAACUAUUUAUUUCCUCCUUCCCUGCUCCUAGUGAGGUGCCACAAAGACUGUGUUAUGUAGUUGGUAGUUUUCUCUCCUAUCUUUCUCUAGAGCCAUUUAUAUACGGGUGAAAUGAAAGCUUUUGUGCAUGUACUUGAUACUCAUUCUCUAAACUCAGACUUUGCUUUUUCUGUGAGAAUGUUAUUUCCGUAUUUUUAUAAACUUUUGAGGGGGGUGUUUAACGAGGAGUCGAUUUAGGGGUCUUUUUGUGUGCUUUUUGGACGGGACCAGGACUUAUUUUUUUGAGGGACAAGGAAGCUCUUCCAGACUUGGAAGGCAGUGGUUCUUCUUAUGAUGAUCUGCUGCAAGGAGAAGCUGUUUACAUUGUUCUUACCAUACAGUUGCUAUUAUAAUGUGUAACAAGUCACACUUCUAUAAUCAUAUAAGUCUUGCCAAUUCGGCAUCACUAGGUAGCUAUGACACAGUCAUGAAAACUAUCCUAAUAUUUAUCAUUGCCAUGGGGGGAAAUUAACUAAAUACAUGUCCCAUCUCACUAGGUUUAGCCAUCUUUCAUAAGACUGCUAUUAAGAAGUAUGAAUAACAAUUUAAAAAAUCAAUUCAAGUUUUUGGGAAUAAAAUUCAGGAGAAAAACAAACCAUCCCUCAAACCCCUUACUGAAAUGCAAUUUUUAAAAUUCAACCAGCAAUUUUUAAAACCUCAAAAUAGUUUUGAGAAUUUUGUUUGUUAUAAAAGAAAACUUUUUGGUUGUGAAAGAGAGCUCUCAUGCUCUUCCUAAGAAAUUGCCAUCAUGAUUAAGAAGAGUCAUAGAAAGCAAAUCAUCACAAACCACCUUUGAUUAACAUUUCAUUUAAACUUUUAAAGUAUCAAUAUUUUGAAUAUCUUCCUUUGACCCAACAUUACUAGACGUGGGUCUGUUUCUUACAUGAUGAGAGAAGAAAGAACUUGGUUGAAGAUGUUCAAAAAUAGAGAUGGGUUUGAGCCUAUGGCUGAGGAGAAUGACCUGCUACCAAGUGCCCAGUCAGAAACUGGACCCACAGAGGUGCACUGGUCUGCAUUUGGUAGUUUAAGUGUAUAUAAUCCACAUAAGACUGAAUUUGUUUCUUUGGGGGCAGUCGCUUCAAUAAAAAAAUGCCUUUCUUCUCAUUUUCCAUUAGGUAAAUGAAGACAGUUCUGUUCAGCAAACACUUGUUGAGUGCCUGCUCUGGGCAGGUCCUGUGUUAGAUGCACAAAGAGGAACAACUCUUCAUCUCUGACCUUGGGAGCUGAGAGCCCAUGGGCAUUUAAGGCAAGAUGACUCCUUAAAAUAGAGUUUCAAAUUCGCUAGAACUGACUUAAUCAUGCCAAACAGAUUCAGAGAUCAAUUUGCAGAGAUAUUGCAAGUUAAAUGAAGUUAUUAGGUGAGGGAGUUGUGAUUAAGCUCAAAAAUGUAAGAACUCACCAUUUGCGAGCACCUCAGAAAGCAAAUAGCCAUCCCCAGUGUUGGUUCCAUGUAUAUAUACUCUCUAUUCCUAUUCAUAAAUGCAAUGAAAUACAUGUUAACAAAAUUAAAAAGAGAAAACGGCAAUUUAAGUACAAGAAACCCUUCUUCUGUGUGUGUUUUUUUUGUUAAUGAAUGUUAAGACUAUUCUUUUUCUUCUCAAAGCAGUUAUUUCACUUGCCACUUAGUUUGGGUUAUUUUUUAUUUUUCAUAUAUAAGAAGACUUUUAUAGGAUCAGCCUUCCUGUUACAAUGAUACUAAAUGAACCUCGAGUAAAAACAAACCAAAAAAAUAAUAAAACUAACAUAUUAUGUGUAUAUAUGUACGUAAACUAUUUUUGUAUAUGUGUGUAUAUAUGUGUUUAUAUGUAUACACAGGCACGCAAACACACACACAUACACACACAUACUACUAUUAUUACUUUGCUGAAGAGGAAUUUGAGUCCAUAAUAAAGCUGCUUUAUAAUUUUGAUUAUAUCAUUUACUCAUAACCAAUGGUGACUCUGAUGUUUCCAAUAUGUCAAUUUCCCAUAAUCAAUAAAAUAAGUAAAUUAGGCAAACCCA